AUGCUGCCCAAGAAGUCGCCCAUCCUCCUCUCGUCCUACGCCAACGCCUUCGCGCCACUCUGCUACGCCCACGCCUCGCCGCCACAGUCAUGUCGUCAUCAUAUCUCGAAACCUCAGCACACGACAACCGCGCGCACAUAUGCCCAGCACGCCAACAGCGAUGAUGCAGACCUCCUCAACUGGCCCGAGGCCAUCCGCCCCCACACAACGCCCACGCCCUAUCAGAUCUUGAACUGCAACAAGGGCGAUGCGUACAAAAAGAACCGCUACUACGCCCUGGUCAAGCUCUACCACCCCGAUCGCUGCCACCCCGGUUCCUCUGCCCACCAUCUCCCACUCGCUGUACGCCUUGAGCGAUACCGCAUGCUGGUCGCCGCCCACGACAUCCUCUCUGAUGCCGAGAAACGGAAAGCGUACGAUGCGUGGGGCGCGGGCUGGGCCGGCCAUCACCGCACACCUACCUCCAGCGGACAUUCCCACAACCCCUACGACUGGGAGUUUGACAGAAAGAAGUGGAACACGGAUCCUCGCAGCAAUGCGACCUGGGAGGACUGGGAGCGCUGGUACGGCGAGAACAACGAGGGUGGGGGGCAGAAGGAGCGAGCGAUCCAGAUGAGCAAUUUCACAUUUAUGUCGCUGUUGUUUGCCUUUGUGGCCCUUGGCGGCGUCAUGCAGGGUACGCGCUUCUCCGGCUUCCACAGCUCCGUGGUCGAGAAGAGAGACCAGGUGCAUAGAGAAGCGAGUAGCGUGUAUCAGCGGUCGAGGCAUGCCACCAUGAGCGGUGAUCGCGAUGAGCGGAUACGCACCUUCUUGGAGCACAGAGAAGCAAAUCUGGCAGGCGAGGAGAGCUAUCACCGGCUACUUCCUCCAUCUGACAACUGCUCUCCAAACGAGACCACGCGGCAGUGA